AUGCAAUCCUCGCUGUCGCCCGAAGUCCCACCUCCCCCGGGGAGCACACACAGCACACACAGCAACGGGUCCCCGAACCCUCUGGCAAUGGUGCCCGACUCCGAGUCACCAGCCGACCGCGACUCGCCAAACGCAUCCUCCUCGGCGACCAGUGAUUCCCGAUCCCAAGGACAACAGCCUCCCGUCGUAGCGGUCCCCGCUGCAUGUCUCGCAUGCGUAAGUCGCCCCUCCAUGUCAGCUCAGGUCCCCCGUCGUCGUCUCUCCCUGCUCCUCAUUGGCUCCGGCGGAGACGGUGACGGCGAGACGGGCACCACCCUCUUUGGCCGCAGCAAGCAUCUCAAGUGCGACGGCCAGAACCCGUGCUCGCGAUGCCUGAGCUCCCAGUCCGAGUGCGUCUACGUCGCUUCUCGGCGCGGCUACAAGGGCCCGAGGAGGAAUAACACCGCCAAUCCGAACAAGAGAGCGCGGUCUUCUUCCCCCACUUCCACCGUAGGUGUCGGCGACAAUAGCUGUCCAAUGCUACUUGGCGCAAACGGCACUUCAGUCCCCACGACGAUGCAGAACGGAAUGGCAUUUAAUACCCCGGGCGUCGUGCUUCCAGAUACGCCCAGCACUACCUUUGCCGCGACGCCCAACUUUUCAAAUUUGCAGCUCUACCGGUCUUUCGGUGCUGCCAUCGGCUUCAACUCGACCCAGCUGGCCCUGGGCCAAUCUCAGCCCGGUGUACCUGCGCAAGUCCCCGUGCCUACCUUGGCUGAACGAUACCUCGACUCCUUUUACCACCAUUUCCAUGCCUCGCACCCAUUUGCCCUACCCAAGGAAUGGCUGCUCCGUAUCAUGAGAGACACCAACAUGGAGCCUCUUCUGGCUGCCCUUCGGUGGGUUGGAGCUCUCUUCCUCGAUGUGGGGCCUGCGCGGGCUGGCUUCCUGGAUGAGGCCUUGCGUCUGGUCCAAGAUCCAACAACUCGGAGGGACGGCUUCUUUGUACAAGCCCUGAUCCUCCUAAUCGUAGGCCUCGACGGCAGCUGUGAGCAGGAAAAGGCUCGAAAUCUGCUUGGUGACGCCGAGCGCAUCGCUCUCGAACUCGGACUGAAUACCCGUGAGUAUGCGACGCAGUAUGGGCGCGGUAUUCCCGUGCUGGAAGAGAGCUGGCGCAGGACGUGGUGGGACUUGUUCGUUGUAGACGGCAUGGUGGCUGGU